AUGGUGGCUGGUUAUAGUAGAUCUCUUUCCUUCCCAAAUCAGCCUAGCUAUUCAGCAAAACCCAAAAAAUAUUUCCAUGUUAGAUCAGCAAGUCUUCCAUGCAGAACCCACCCCAUAAUUUCUCAGCUCAGAGAUGAAAUCAACGAGCUUAAAUCAUGGGGUUCGCAAUCCGAUAACCGGACUUCUGUUUGGCUAUGUAAUGGCCUGAGCAGCCUGAAAAUUGUUCAUGAAUCCCUUGAUGAUCUUCUCCAGCUUCCACAGACUCAGGAAUCAGUCUCAGAUCAGAUGAUUGAAAAGCUUCUGGAAGACUUUCUUCGAUUUAUCGACGUUUAUGGGAUCUUCCAAAUGCUGGUUUUGACGUUGAAAGAAGAAUUCAUAGCGGCUCAGGUGGCUGUGAGAAGAAGAGAUGAAUCCAAAAUGGCUAUCCAUUUGAAAAAUCUAAACAAAACGGCUAAAGAUAUGAGCAAAUUGGUGUCUACUGUCCAAUCCAUUGGAAAAUACUCAAUCCCUGAAAAUGGGACUGAGAUCACUGAUAUCAUUAGAGAUGUUAUUCAGGUUACAGUGUUGGUUUCUUUCGAACUUUUAGGUCGACUUUCGACAUCGUUUUCGUUGCAGAAACCAUUUUGCAUGGGGCUAAGAUUCAGCAAGAAGGCAAAAAAAGUGAAGAUGGAUGAAGCCAUUGAAGAAUUUGAGCAACUAAAUAUGGAAAACUUGUGGGGUUUGAAGAAGAAAGGAGAUGAAGAGGUGAAAAUGGUGUCCAAGAAACUGCGUCAAUUGGAGGAUUGUAUUGUUGAAAUUGAGGGCUGUGGAGAAAGAACCUUUAGGAGUUUGAUGAAUACUAGGGUUUCACUGCUAAAUGUUCUUACUCAAUAA